GCCCCUUCAGGUUUAUAAAACACACAAAUCUGGAGUUCACGUUGGGGAGAAAGAAACCUUUCUCUGGAUCAGUUUAUUCUUUGCUCAGCCUUUCCGAAGAAAAAAUCAGAUAAGGGAGACGUAUCCGCUUUUAGAAUUGGUGGUUGUAAAAUGUCAUCUGUGUCAAGUCAGCAACAAUUCCGCUAUGCACAACAACCUUCAAAAGUUCUCCAUUUGAGAAAUUUGCCAUGGGAAUGUACCGAGGAGGAGCUUAUAGAACUAGGAAAGCCGUUUGGGAAAGUCAUCAACACCAAGUGCAAUGUCGGAGCUAACCGCAAUCAGGCCUUUAUUGAAUUUGCAGACCAAAAUCAAGCUAUCUCUAUGAUAUCUUAUUAUGCUUCAUCCUCAGAACCAGCUCAGGUACGAGGGAAAACAGUCUACUUACAGUAUUCUAACAGGCAAGAAAUAGUACACAAUAAAACCACUGGAGAUGUAGCUGGAAAUGUACUAUUGGUGACUAUCGACGGCGUUGGGGCACGUGAUGUCAGCAUAGAUGUUCUACACUUGCAGGUCCAUGUCACGGAAACAUCUUCGAUGGCAGCAUAUUGCAUCAGGAGAAAGCUCAUGUGUUUGUUUAAAAUAAUGGUUUCUUCUUGUGUAUUUUCAGCUUUUGGCUUUGUGCAUAAGAUCGCUACUUUCGAAAAGACUGCUGGUUUUCAGGUGCUGGUUCAAUUCUCGGAUGCAGCAACUGCUUCCGCAGCAAAAGAGGCCCUUGAUGGAAGAUGCAUCCCUAGUUACUUGCUUCCAGAACAUGUGAGUGCAUGUACUCUCAGAAUAACAUUUUCUGCGCACACAGAUUUGACUGUGAAGUUUCAGAGCCACAGGAGUAGGGACUAUAUUAAUCUAAACCUUCCCGUAGCUCCAUCAGCCAUGGAUGGGACUGGUCAGUUAAUUGCUGGAUUUGAUGCGAAAAAAGUAGAACCUGAGAGCAAUGUCCUGCUUGCAUCAAUUGAGAAUAUGCAGUAUCCAGUGACUGUGGAUGUGCUACACAUGGUCUUUUCUACUUUUGGACCUGUUCAAAAAAUUGCCAUGUUUGAAAAAAAUGGAGGGUUUCAGGCUUUGAUACAGUAUGCAGAUAUUCAAACUGCUGUUGUUGCAAAGGAGGCUUUGGAAGGUCACUGUAUAUAUGAUGGAGGGUUUUGCAAGCUUCACCUCUCAUAUUCCCGUCAUACUGAUCUCAGCGUGAAGGUGAAUAAUGAUCGAAGUCGUGAUUAUACAAUCCCUGAUAACAGUAUGGUAAAUGCCCAACCAUCGAUUCUAGGGCACCAACCAGGUCUAGUGAUGGGUCCUCCAGCGGUUCCAAACUAUAAUGGAUCUCAUCAAUUUCCCGUAGCAGGAAAUGGAAUAAUGGGAGGAGUUCCUGCAGGUCCUGGAUACCCAGGUGUGUCUCAUCAUACUAUGCAGUUGCCUAAUAAUGCGUACAUGCCACCACCACCUCCGCCACCUGGUGCACCCCACUCCACAGGUGGUUAUGGAAUGAUGCAGUAUCCAAAUCAAGGUGGUCAACAGCCACCUGUCACUCAAAUGUCGCCUAAUCCGCAAUGAAAAUCUGUGGCAAAUGAAUACUUUCAUAACGUUUGGUUUCGAAAUGGUCUUUUCUUUAUAUUUUGUUAGAGCAAGCAAAAUAUUUUGAUGCAAUUUGGUAGAAAGUGAUUCUAGCGCCACUCGUUAUCAUGAACAUAAUAUUGGAUGUUAUAAUAUGAAAACGGCCAAAUUUCAACAUGAUUUUGAAUAUUUA